UGAUUUAAAUGAACUGCAUUCAUGCGAGUGCUCAUAGACGACAUGCGAAGAACAGGUAUUUAAAUCUAUCAAACUGUUAAAAUAUUUUCUUUCAUUACAUAUCACACAACAAAACAUUUCAUUUAAUCUGCUGGCCACGUGAUACGUCUUCCGUCACUAGGGACGCAACCGAACCAGGUGUGAAUCGAUCGAGUUAAAAAAGGUAAAUACUUCAUUCAAAAUGGCUAGCCGCCUGACGCACGCGACACCCCUCACACCCGUCCAAGAGAAAACAUCUCGACUUACCACCCCCCAUCUAGCCCCCAAACCACCAGCCAAGAAAUCGGGAUCCCGGCCAGCCAGCACCCCUCCGGAGGACAAACAGUUAAAGCACCCCUGGCUAAAACGCAAGGCCUUGAGCGAGGAUUAUGAGGGUCCCGUCACGGAGAGGGAGGGGUGGUGGCGAACAUAUAUCAGGGAAACCCCCCUUCCUGGGGCCUAUGAGAGCGGGACGUUCCUGGAGGAUAUAGAAAAGAAACAAAAUACGUACAGAUUUAAGUCAGAUGGCAGAAAAGUAGAUCCACACCCACACGGAAAAGGGGCCACGCUGUUACCCGGAGCUUACGAAUUCCAACACUUUUUAGAGAGACUUGAACACGCACCAGCAACUUACAAUUUCCGGGCCACAGAUAGAAGCAAACAGAACUUUUUAGUUAUUGGUCAUAAAGACAAAGAUAUAAAUGUUAGUCCAGGGCAAUAUGAUAUGGAAAAAUUUCUCUCCAUGACAACAGACAAACAAUCUUCAAAACACUAUAUGUUCCGGUCACAACAUAAAAGGUUCCCUACGCUACCAUUCAAACCUAGAGAAGGACCUGGACCAGGGAAUUAUGAACACACACAUCAAAGAUCCCUCACUGCUGUAUCAUCCAGCUUCAAAUCCAGAACUCCACGAUUUUCUAGUUCACAUACGAAAGUCCCUGGUCCUGGGAUGUAUGAGAAGACAUUUCAACAUCCUAUCCCUAACACUGUAUCCACCAUGGGAAGACAGCAUGGCCUUUUCUUCACUAGUGCCUAUCAAUCAUAGUGUUAUUAACAGUUUGGAUUUGGCCAGAACAAGUGAAAGUUUGGAAUUUCAGAGGAUGCUGACAAAGAGAGAGAGGACAAAAUUGUAGAAAAUGCUUUAGGCACCGGUUAAACUGGUGAAAUUUACCCAACUUUUCCUGUGUUCAGAUUUUAUCUGAUGAAAAAAUACCUAGUAUUCUUCACUGUUUGACAAUUUAUUAUGACCAAAGUAAAACCAUGUUACCAUCUACUGAAAAUCCAAACUGUGAAAUUGUAAUAGGUCAAAGGUCACCCCUGACUGAAAAUCCAAGCUCAAGUUAAAUUGAGAUACAACAGAGACCCCAUGUUAUUUAUUUUCUGUCCCUUAGUUCAAAAUAAUAUGCAGUCCAAAUGCAUUUGGUUGUAUUCCUUUUUGGGCAUCUUUAUUUGUUUUAUCAAUCAUUUUGAACUGAAAGUAGAAUUGUUAUUUAUUUUCUGUCCCUUAGUUCAAAAUAAUAUGCAAUCCAAAUGCAUUUGGUUAAUGUAUUCC